AUGAACAAAACUGAAUACACUGAAUUGAUUGAAAAAAACAUAGAUAAGACCCUAAUCGAUGCUUUUAAUUAAAAGCCUUUGACUAUAAACAUGUAGUAAUAGCAAAUGUUUGGGUAUAUGGGUGGAGAACUAAUUCCUCCUUAGCAAUAGCCUUUAAUAUAAGGAAACUAAUUCCCAAUGCAAAAUUAUUAUCAAAUGUAAAAUCAAGUUUAGAUGAACUAUCCUGGGCAGAUGUAUUCUUAUCCACCUAAUGCUAUUUAGUAGAUGUCAAUUCCUAACUAGUUUAAUCCUAUGCCCUAAGUUGGAAAUGGCUAUUAUUAGCAUUAAAUUAGAUAGCAAUCUUAUAUUGACAGCUCUAACCAAAAUAUGAUCAUUAAUGAUGAAAUAAUGUCUCCUUUAGCUUAGUAGUAGUAACAGUAAUAGUUGUAGAUUAAUCAUUAUUUAGAGAAUAACGUAAAAUUACAGUCUGAUGCUAUUUAGAUUAUAGGAUAUCCAUAAAAUUAAAAUAUUAUAGAGUAACUUAAGUUAUCAUAACAAAACUGCCCUAUAUGCAAAAAAUUUAUUAAUUUGCAGACUGAUGAUUUCUAGGUUUUUAAAGUAGGCUAAGUAUAAAAAAAUUAUGUUAUACACUCUAAUUGUUAUUAAAGUUAUAUGACUACACAAAACAACAUCUAAUUUGUAACUAAAAGUAUUUAACAUGUUUAAACUGAUACAUUCUACAGCUUUGAUGAAUCUCAAAAAUUUAGAACAACAAAGUUCAUCCCUGCCUCCUUUGAUAUAUUUCACCCUGUUUCAAAUUAAAAACUAUUCAGAUUAGAAAAAUUCAUACCUAUUUACUUCGGUAACGAUUAAAAUGCGUACUGGAAAAUGAAUAAUUAGCAUGCAGAAUUCUUUGAAUAACAAUAAAUAGCUUUACCAUUUUUAAGAUCCAGAUGCAUUCUAACAUUGCAUUUUGAUAAGGAAAUUUACACUUUUGAAUUUUAAUGGGACUUUUUAAGCACAGUGGAUAGAUAUCAACCUUUUGAAAUGAAAAUAGAGUAGAAUGGCAACAUUGUUUAAAUUGGAGUUUAAUUUGUAAAGUUUGAGAAAUGUUCUAGCAACAUAUAGCAACUUUUUUCAAAUUUAAGCUAGCAAAAUACUGUUUUAUUAGAUUUUUAGUAUAUGAACAUAAAACUUCCUCUCAAGUCCAAUGAAAAUCCAUCAGGAUAAAAUACACCUUAAACUGAAUUAAGGAGAACUUAAAAGAGUUCCUUUAAUCCUCUUGUCUAAGUCAAUUCUCCAGUCCAUGAAAAACAAUAAAAAAAAUAAAUAUUCCUAAAGAAUUAUCCUAACUCUAUGGAAAAUUCAGUUACUUACUCUCCUAAAAAUAUAUCUAACACAAAAGAUAUAUAGGAAGAUCUAAAUAAUCUUAAUUUUAUCACUUAAGACACUAAUGACUUUCAGGUAAAUCCAGGUGAAGAAUUCACAGACAUUAAAUCCUAUAAAGAUAUAGAAGGCACUAUUCUCAACUUAGCAAAGACUAAUGGAGGAAGUCAUCAACUCUAGAGAUUCUUUCAUCAAUGUUAAGGAUCAGAAAUAGAUUCUGUAAUAGAUGAAAUUUAUGAAGAACUACCAAAUUUAGUUACUGAUUCAUAUGCUAAUUAUAUGUUUUAAUCCUUAAUAUAAGUUUGUUCUAUAGAUCAAAGAAAAAAAAUAUUAAAAAAAGUUUCUAAUCAUACUGCAGAUCUUGUUUAUGAUAAGAAGGGAACUCAUUCUCUCUAAACAUUGAUUUCUUUGAUUAAUUUAGAUGAAGAGAUUGAUUUAAUUAUGAAUAAUAUAUAAAAUAAAAUUUCAGAACUCUCUUAACAUCACAAUGCAACUCAUUUUAUUUAAAAAAUAAUUGGUUGCUUCCCUUUAAAAAAUUUGCAAUGUAUUUUUGACACAAUCAUUAAAGAUAUUGUUAAAUUUGGUAAUAAUUAGCACUCUCUUUGUGUGCUUAAAGCAAUGAUGACUAAAUUAAAAGGAGAUAGUAAAUCCGAAAUAAUUAUAGAUUUAUUAGCUUAAAAUAACGAUGAACUCAUUCAAAAUCCAUUUGGAAAUUAUGCAAUUUAACAUGCAUAUGAUUGUUAUGAAGAGGAAAAGUGUGAAAAAAUAACUGCAAAGAUACUUGAAAAGUUAUAACACUUCUCUAUAUAAAAAUACUCAUCAAAUGUAAUAGAGAAAUGCAUAUCAACAUAUUGCAAAGAUUUUUACAAAAGAGCAAUUUAAGUAAUUAUAUAAAAGAGAUGUAUUGCUGAGUUCAUGAAAAUAUAGUAUGGUAAUUUUAUCUUGCAAAAGUUACUUGUUCUAAGCAAUGAUAAACCUGAAUAUAAAGAAUUGGUUAAUGCUAUUAAAAAUAAUAUUAAUAAUAUCCAUUAAAUAAAAUUCAAAAGUAAAUGGUAAAGUUUCUUAGAUUAAAACAUUUAAGCUUCUCAAAUAGGUUUCACUGCUGAUUCUCCCUCUUCAGUUAAGCAUCAUAGCAAUACUCCUACAUCUCAUUCAGCAGGUUAAUCUUAUUUUGGAGCACAUAGAGUCAAUAAAAAUAACUCCUUCCAUGUUGAAAAAAAAAGUACAUUCUCAGAUAGCUUGUAAAAUAAUAACGAUUCAAAUGAUGAAGGAUUUGAAGUAAAAGAUACAUAAUAAAGUAGAAUUAAAAGCAAAUUCAAAAACUAAUGA